AUGAGUGCUCUGAGUCGCCUCCUCCCAGUGAUCCUUGUGGUCCUGUUGGUUAUCACCUUUGGAGUCAUCGGUCUAGUGAUAUACAGCAUUGCCAUGGAUGUGAAGGACAAUACGAAAAAGAAGAUGGAGAAGAAAAAUGUCGCCUUUUCCAGGGAUGGCGCCAAAAUCGGUGUCAAAGAGAUGCAUGCUGAAGAAUAUCAGGAUAAAACCCAAAGUGUCCUCGUCAACAUCUGGGAAUCAUCCGGUCAAACCAAGCCCAGGAAGAAGAAGGCGUAA